GUUACACGAGGCGCGCUAUACAAGGAGGGAUAGGAAGGAGCACAGACUUAACCAGGCACCAGACGACUGCUCCGUGCCACGGCAACUCAAAUUCACGAUGGCGCAAGAAAUGCCCGAGUUUAAGCUUAUCCUCGUCGGAGACGGCGGUGUCGGAAAGACGACCUUCGUGAAGCGGCACGUGACCGGAGAGUUCGAGAAGAAGUAUGUCGCUACACUGGGCGUGGAGGUGCGCCCUCUCCCCUUUCACACCAACCGCGGGCCGAUCAAGUUCAACGUCUGGGAUACCGCAGGGCAGGAGAAGUUCGGCGGGCUUAGGGACGGAUACUACAUCCAGGGUCAGUGCGCGAUCAUCAUGUUCGACGUGACGAGCCGCAUCACCUACAAGAACGUGCCUAACUGGCACCGAGACUUGACGCGAGUCUGCGAGCACAUCCCGAUCGUUUUGUGCGGGAAUAAGGUAGAGAUCAAGGACCGCAAGGUUAAGGCAAAGCAGAUCACGUUCCACCGCAAAAAGAACCUGCAGUACUACGACAUCUCAGCGAAGUCGAACUACAACUUCGAGAAGCCCUUCCUGUGGCUGGCCAAGAAGCUCGUCGGAGACGCAAACCUUCAGUUCGUGGAGCAACCCGCGCUUCAGCCACCGGAGUUCGUCAUCAACCAGGCGGACCAGCUGAAGUUCCAGCAGGAGAUCGACGCGGCCGCAGCGGUGCCCCUCCCCGACGAGGACGACGACCUGUGAUGAUUUUGCGGUGCCCCCUACCACAACUCCCUUUUCCUCCCUGCCCAGAAACCACGAGAGAGUACAUAUACAGAAAGAAAAAAAAGCAUGGGGUGGUGGUCGGACGUCGUCUUCGAUUUCCUUUUUGUUGCCCCCGCCCUCUCGAGGCUUGGCAAGUACUAAUCGGUUUUGACUUUGUAACGGUUCAGUCACGCCCAUCGCUGUCUCGGGGCUGAAGCCCCUGUAUCCCCCCCCCCCGGCCAUGACCGGGGUGUUGGUCAGACAUCACAUGUUGCGGUGAUGUGGCGGCCCGUCUGACCCGUCUUCCCGGGUCACCCUCGGGGGAGACGAUUGGCGGUUGAUGAAGAUCGUUGUCGUUGUUGCGUGUGUGUGUGUGUACCCGCGAUACCGUCGCGGUGGUGAUGGCGGCGUUGAUUGAUUUUUUCUCCCGACAGCACUGGGUGGGUGACGCGAAUGAGUUGGAAGAGCAACGGCGGGAGGAAGUACAGAUGGUCUGCGAGCACCGGAGGGUGCAGCAGCUACCGACCUGAAGCUUGAUUUCGGGGGUGUCGACGGGCGGGCGGUUGUGUGUGGGGCGAUUGUGGAGCCCGAGUAGUGUUGGUUUUGACUCACGGCGGUCUUUCUUGGUUGGCCAUGGUCUGGUCUGUUGAGUUGCGCUUGCCUUGACUCGCGGUGUACUCCUAUUGGUCUGUUGAAGCAGUAGGUAAGUGGUAAGUAGCAGCUCUUUUCCCGCUCGGUUGUUCUGAAUCUAGUGCUCUUCUCGAGUCUCUCUCCCCGCGAAGAGCGCGAUGGCUACGGUGGUACCGUCUCUUUCGCUUUGUUGCUUGUUUUCAGCCCGUGUUUCCCGGAUGCGGUGGAACGGGGCGCGAGAGGGAAAAAAAAACGGACGGAGAACAAAAAGAAGCGGAAAAUGACAGCGCUCGCUUUUUGUCGUGUGUCACCGCGUCGCGAACAGGUUCACUGGCCUGUUGUUGUCUCUGGCGCCUGUUGAUCUGACGUGGUUCGCUCUGUGGACGUUGUUCCACUGUAGAAGCUUGGUCGACACCUGUAGCAGGUCAUCGUAGAGUGAAAGUUUGGUAGCCUGGGGGUCGUCUCGAAGAUUCUUGCAGCCUUGGGGGCAAGUAUCGCGUGAUGGGUCGGUCGGUGUUGAGCCGGGGCACACACGGUAGCGGUCGGGAAGAUGCCUCGCAGCGCUUCCUGGUUUUCCUGGUCUCGUCUCUCCUUCCGCCCGUAACCACCGGUAGCGCGCAUGAGCGGGGCGGCGGCCCGACGUCCUCUCUUUCGGGGGGUUGGUUUCUGAUUUUGAUUGGGGGGUCAUCUCGU